AUGGCCCAUUUACCUUUGGAGGGGUCUGUUGUCUGUUAUGAGUUUCUGGACGCCGAAAAGAAGUGGCUAUGGGGUGUUGGGACUGUUAUUCGCUUUGAUGACCGUGUGUGCGUAAUCAGCCAGUGGGUGGGAGCACCAGUGGAUAAAGCCAUGGCUGCGAAGCUAGAGAGUGAGGCCGCCUCUUCGAAGGCUGAGGCCAAGACCCACCAAGAGCGUCUCCUUGCCAUUCGAGACCGUAUUGAGUCACAGAGCUGUGGAACUUUAAAGGAGGAGAAAGAGCGAACAUCAGAGGAGUUGUCAGAGUGCCUCGUCUUGAUUGGCAAGCAUCGGAAUCGCUCUCGCUCGUUGUUGGCUGAUCUGGAGACGAUAACAGGGCCUUCGACAGCUCAGGUGAAAUGCCAACAGUUUACCCCCGGGUCUUGUUCCAUAGCAGUUCUCCGCAGUUCUAUUCUGCGAGUCAUCUCGCAGGUGACAAUCCCGUCUGUCUUGCUUUCUUCAGAGGAAGUAGAUUCUAUUGAGAAGGCGGUGACGUAUACCCACAGUCAGCUCAACGGUGAGCUUCAUAAACUGCGCUCCACAGUUGAGGCCACGGAAAUAGAAUGCAGCGAGUUGCGCGAUCAGAUUCGCGACCUCGAGGAGCAGCUGAAACGCGUGAAGACUACAUCCGAACCUGUACGAAUUCCUGAUGGUGGAGGGAGCGGAUCUACCCUCACUGAAAAACUGAAAGAACACGACCCUCUGAGCUUGCGGGGUGCAUGGGACACCAGCACAGCGUUGGUAAUGACCAAGCAUACUAUCACAUUUCCUUGGGAUGAUGGGGAUACCCUGUUGCAUCACAAGCCAGAGGAAACGAAAUCCGUCUUUGCCGCGGAGGCUGCCUUCGCAUGCUGUGUGCCGAUUCAGUGCGUUAUGAAUCCGAAAAUGGCAGCACAUGGAAAGCACCUUUCUGCUGAGUUCUCUGUCAGCCACCCAGAAACCGUGACAACCAAGGAAAUUGAUCAGAGGCUCGCAAGCUACGCGUUUCCAUCCAUGUACCUCCUUCAUGAGGAGCCUCUGGGUGUGAAAACUGGCCUCGACAGGGCUAUCGAAGACCUUGAGCACGCGCUCGGAAUUCCAGAAGGUAAGCACGAAGGUCUUUACUUCGACGAAUUCAUGGAAAACAUACCGGACACCACUUUCAGCAAGGAUAAAGACGCGUACGAGAGUGAAAUCGGCGACUUGCUCAUGCUUCUCGACAAGCUCAAUAACGAGAACCGCUCACUACAGUACACUCUAGACAAAUCUGCUGCCGAGUUGAAGAGGCAGGUGUCAGAGGCUCAGAAAGAUCACGAUGCUCUGAGUACCGAGGUCACUUGGCUACGCAAUAUUGUCUCAAAGCUUAAGGAUCUUGCAGAACAGCAGGAGCAAGAACUCGAGGGUAACCGCGUGCAGAAGCAACGGGCUGAAGAAGCGCGCUUCCACAACAACCUUGCUCCGCUGGGCCACGACGCACAAGACACAGAGUACGCAGUUACCAUGGAAGAGUACAAGCGUCAAAAAGAGGCCACCGAUGACGCUCGAACCGCACUCGUAGAACAGAAAGCCAAAGCGGAACAAAUGCAUCACCUCCUGACAGAGCAUGAGCAGGAGUGUGCACAGCAUGCCAACCAGCUACGCUCACUACAGGAGGCUUUUGCAGCCGAAAACAACCAAAACGCUGAGAACCUUUGUACACUCGAAAGUGAACUCAUUGACGUUCUACUUCAGCUCAAAGCAUCAGAGGCGCUCUCCAAAGCGCUCCGUAACAUCAACUCCCAACAGCAGGCAGAGCUCGCCGCCUUCCGCGCGAAGCGCAACGCUGCGCUGGAGGCCCGCGACGCGACCGGCACGCUGCUCGUGCCAUCGAGGCCUGUGCCCGCUGACGAGGCGGCGGAGCGCGCGCUGGGGCCGCAGCAGAUCGCCGACGAGCCGCUGUACGCUGUGACGCUGGAGGAGUACCUGGGCAAGGACGCCGCCGUGGAGCAGCUGGCGGCGGAGCUGGCGGAGCAGAAGGCGGAGGCGGAGAGGGUUGCGGAGGAGGUGGCUGCCUUCCGCGCGAAGCGCAACGCCGCGCUGGAGGCCCGCGACGCGGCCGGCACGCUGCCCGUGCCAUCGAGGCCUGUGCCCGCUGACGAGGCGGCGGAGCGCGCGCUGGGGCCGCAGCAGAUCGCCGACGAGCCGCUGUACGCUGUGACGCUGGAGGAGUACCUGGGCAAGGACGCCGCCGUGGAGCAGCUGGCGGCGGAGCUGGCGGAGCAGAAGGCGGAGGCGGAGAGGGUUGCGGAGGAGGUGGCCGCCUUCCGCGCAAAGCGCAACGCCGCGCUGGAGGCCCGCGACGCGACCGGCACGCUGCCCGUGCCAUCGAGGCCUGUGCCCGCUGACGAGGCGGCGGAGCGCGCGCUGGGGCCGCAGCAGAUCGCCGACGAGCCGCUGUACGCUGUGACGCUGGAGGAGUACCUGGGCAAGGACGCCGCCGUGGAGCAGCUGGCGGCGGAGCUGGCGGAGCAGAAGGCGGAGGCGGAGAGGGUUGCGGAGGAGGUGGCCGCCUUCCGCGCAAAGCGCAACGCCGCGCUGGAGGCCCGCGACGCGACCGGCACGCUGCCCGUGCCAUCGAGGCCUGUGCCCGCUGACGAGGCGGCGGAGCGCGCGCUGGGGCCGCAGCAGAUCGCCGACGAGCCGCUGUACGCUGUGACGCUGGAGGAGUACCUGGGCAAGGACGCCGCCGUGGAGCAGCUGGCGGCGGAGCUGGCGGAGCAGAAGGCGGAGGCGGAGAGGGUUGCGGAGGAGGUGGCCGCCUUCCGCGCGAAGCGCAACGCCGCGCUGGAGGCCCGCGACGCGACCGGCACGCUGCUCGUGCCAUCGAGGCCUGUGCCCGCUGACGAGGCGGCGGAGCGCGCGCUGGGGCCGCAGCAGAUCGCCGACGAGCCGCUGUACGCUGUGACGCUGGAGGAGUACCUGGGCAAGGACGCCGCCGUGGAGCAGCUGGCGGCGGAGCUGGCGGAGCAGAAGGCGGAGGCGGAGAGGGUUGCGGAGGAGGUGGCCGCCUUCCGCGCGAAGCGCAACGCCGCGCUGGAGGCCCGCGACGCGACCGGCACGCUGCUCGUGCCAUCGAGGCCUGUGCCCGCUGACGAGGCGGCGGAGCGCGCGCUGGGGCCGCAGCAGAUCGCCGACGAGCCGCUGUACGCUGUGACGCUGGAAGAGCUGGAGCAGGCUCGCGAGGAUGCCGCGCGCGGUGUAGCGGCGAUUGAGGACAACGCUGCCGCUCUGGAGUCUGAGCUGCUGGAUGUGUUGGCUGAGUUAAAGGCAAUGAAAGGUCAGAACGACGCUCUAAAGGCUUUGUGUGAGAUGAAGGACGCCGCGCUUGCUGACCUAGAGAAGCACGACGUGCGCGCUUGCAACAGCGAUAAGGCGAAGCCGCAGACUACUUCGCGACACACGAAGGUGUUUGAGGGCGAUGAGUGGGGCGCUGUUGUGGAGACCAAGCCGCACGCGCUUCACGACGCAUUUGUGACGGAUGUGUGCGCUGCAUGCCGCGUCGGUCGCGAUGACCUCUCUGAGAUCGCGUUUGCACUGGGGAGUCUGCAGGCGACCGUGAGUGUGAUGCACGACAGUGACAUGAGCUGCGACGACAUUGCGAGGCUUGUGGAGGAGUACCACUAUCCCAACGUGUGGGCCCUGUAUGCGAAGCGGUUGGCGCCAAAGAAUGGGCUUGAUGAGGCCAAGGACACAAUCAGCCAGCUUCAGGACGCACUCGCCGCGAAGGCGGAGGAGGCCGCCCGGGUUGCCAACAAGCUGGAGGAGCAGCAGGCGGAGGCGGAGAGGGUUGCGGAGGAGGUGGCCGCCUUCCGCGCGAAGCGCAACGCCGCGCUGGAGGCCCGCGACGCGGCCGGCACGCUGCCUGUGCCAUCGAGGCCUGUGCCCGCUGACGAGGCGGCGGAGCGCGCGCUGGGGCCGCAGCAGAUCGCCGACGAGCCGCUGUACGCUGUGACGCUGGAGGAGUACCUGGGCAAGGACGCCGCCGUGGAGCAGCUGGCGGCGGAGCUGGCGGAGCAGAAGGCGGAGGCGGAGAGGGUUGCGGAGGAGGUGGCCGCCUUCCGCGCGAAGCGCAACGCCGCGCUGGAGGCCCGCGACGCGGCCGGCACGCUGCCCGUGCCAUCGAGGCCUGUGCCCGCUGACGAGGCGGCGGAGCGCGCGCUGGGGCCGCAGCAGAUCGCCGACGAGCCGCUGUACGCUGUGACGCUGGAGGAGUACCUGGGCAAGGACGCCGCCGUGGAGCAGCUGGCGGCGGAGCUGGCGGAGCAGAAGGCGGAGGCGGAGAGGGUUGCGGAGGAGGUGGCCGCCUUCCGCGCAAAGCGCAACGCCGCGCUGGAGGCCCGCGACGCGACCGGCACGCUGCCCGUGCCAUCGAGGCCUGUGCCCGCUGACGAGGCGGCGGAGCGCGCGCUGGGGCCGCAGCAGAUCGCCGACGAGCCGCUGUACGCUGUGACGCUGGAGGAGUACCUGGGCAAGGACGCCGCCGUGGAGCAGCUGGCGGCGGAGCUGGCGGAGCAGAAGGCGGAGGCGGAGAGGGUUGCGGAGGAGGUGGCCGCCUUCCGCGCGAAGCGCAACGCCGCGCUGGAGGCCCGCGACGCGGCCGGCACGCUGCCCGUGCCAUCGAGGCCUGUGCCCGCUGACGAGGCGGCGGAGCGCGCGCUGGGGCCGCAGCAGAUCGCCGACGAGCCGCUGUACGCUGUGACGCUGGAGGAGUACCUGGGCAAGGACGCCGCCGUGGAGCAGCUGGCGGCGGAGCUGGCGGAGCAGAAGGCGGAGGCGGAGAGGGUUGCGGAGGAGGUGGCCGCCUUCCGCGCGAAGCGCAACGCCGCGCUGGAGGCCCGCGACGCGACCGGCACGCUGCCUGUGCCAUCGAGGCCUGUGCCCGCUGACGAGGCGGCGGAGCGCGCGCUGGGGCCGCAGCAGAUCGCCGACGAGCCGCUGUACGCUGUGACGCUGGAGGAGUACCUGGGCAAGGACGCCGCCGUGGAGCAGCUGGCGGCGGAGCUGGCGGAGCAGAAAGCGGAGGCGGAGAGGGUUGCGGAGGAGGUGGCUGCCUUCCGCGCGAAGCGCAACGCCGCGCUGGAGGCCCGCGACGCGGCCGGCACGCUGCCCGUGCCAUCGAGGCCUGUGCCCGCUGACGAGGCGGCGGAGCGCGCGCUGGGGCCGCAGCAGAUCGCCGACGAGCCGCUGUACGCUGUGACGCUGGAGGAGUACCUGGGCAAGGACGCCGCCGUGGAGCAGCUGGCGGCGGAGCUGGCGGAGCAGAAGGCGGAGGCGGAGAGGGUUGCGGAGGAGGUGGCCGCCUUCCGCGCGAAGCGCAACGCCGCGCUGGAGGCCCGCGACGCGGCCGGCACGCUGCCCGUGCCAUCGAGGCCUGUGCCCGCUGACGAGGCGGCGGAGCGCGCGCUGGGGCCGCAGCAGAUCGCCGACGAGCCGCUGUACGCUGUGACGCUGGAGGAGUACCUGGGCAAGGACGCCGCCGUGGAGCAGCUGGCGGCGGAGCUGGCGGAGCAGAAGGCGGAGGCGGAGAGGGUUGCGGAGGAGGUGGCCGCCUUCCGCGCGAAGCGCAACGCCGCGCUGGAGGCCCGCGACGCGACCGGCACGCUGCCCGUGCCAUCGAGGCCUGUGCCCGCUGACGAGGCGGCGGAGCGCGCGCUGGGGCCGCAGCAGAUCGCCGACGAGCCGCUGUACGCUGUGACGCUGGAGGAGUACCUGGGCAAGGACGCCGCCGUGGAGCAGCUGGCGGCGGAGCUGGCGGAGCAGAAGGCGGAGGCGGAGAGGGUUGCGGAGGAGGUGGCUGCCUUCCGCGCGAAGCGCAACGCCGCGCUGGAGGCCCGCGACGCGGCCGGCACGCUGCCCGUGCCAUCGAGGCCUGUGCCCGCUGACGAGGCGGCGGAGCGCGCGCUGGGGCCGCAGCAGAUCGCCGACGAGCCGCUGUACGCUGUGACGCUGGAGGAGUACCUGGGCAAGGACGCCGCCGUGGAGCAGCUGGCGGCGGAGCUGGCGGAGCAGAAGGCGGAGGCGGAGAGGGUUGCGGAGGAGGUGGCCGCCUUCCGCGCAAAGCGCAACGCCGCGCUGGAGGCCCGCGACGCGACCGGCACGCUGCCCGUGCCAUCGAGGCCUGUGCCCGCUGACGAGGCGGCGGAGCGCGCGCUGGGGCCGCAGCAGAUCGCCGACGAGCCGCUGUACGCUGUGACGCUGGAGGAGUACCUGGGCAAGGACGCCGCCGUGGAGCAGCUGGCGGCGGAGCUGGCGGAGCAGAAGGCGGAGGCGGAGAGGGUUGCGGAGGAGGUGGCCGCCUUCCGCGCGAAGCGCAACGCCGCGCUGGAGGCCCGCGAUGCGGCCGGCACGCUGCCUGUGCCAUCGAGGCCUGUGCCCGCUGACGAGGCGGCGGAGCGCGCACUGGGGCCGCAGCAGAUCGCCGACGAGCCGCUGUACGCUGUGACGCUGGAGGAGUACCUGGGCAAGGACGCCGCCGUGGAGCAGCUGGCGGCGGAGCUGGCGGAGCAGAAGGCGGAGGCGGAGAGGGUUGCGGAGGAGGUGGCCGCCUUCCGCGCGAAGCGCAACGCCGCGCUGGAGGCCCGCGACGCGGCCGGCACGCUGCCUGUGCCAUCGAGGCCUGUGCCCGCUGACGAGGCGGCGGAGCGCGCGCUGGGGCCGCAGCAGAUCGCCGACGAGCCGCUGUACGCUGUGACGCUGGAAGAGCUGGAGCAGGCUCGCGAGGAUGCCGCGCGCGGUGUAGCGGCGAUUGAGGACAACGCUGCCGCUCUGGAGUCUGAGCUGCUGGAUGUGUUGGCUGAGUUAAAGGCAAUGAAAGGUCAGAACGACGCUCUAAAGGCUUUGUGUGAGAUGAAGGACGCCGCGCUUGCUGACCUAGAGAAGCACGACGUGCGCGCUUGCAACAGCGAUAAGGCGAAGCCGCAGACUACUUCGCGACACACGAAGGUGUUUGAGGGCGAUGAGUGGGGCGCUGUUGUGGAGACCAAGCCGCACGCGCUUCACGACGCAUUUGUGACGGAUGUGUGCGCUGCAUGCCGCGUCGGUCGCGAUGACCUCUCUGAGAUCGCGUUUGCACUGGGGAGUCUGCAGGCGACCGUGAGUGUGAUGCACGACAGUGACAUGAGCUGCGACGACAUUGCGAGGCUUGUGGAGGAGUACCACUAUCCCAACGUGUGGGCCCUGUAUGCGAAGCGGUUGGCGCCAAAGAAUGGGCUUGAUGAGGCCAAGGACACAAUCAGCCAGCUUCAGGACGCACUCGCCGCGAAGGCGGAGGAGGCCGCCCGGGUUGCCAACAAGCUGGAGGAGCAGCAGGCGGAGGCGGAGAGGGUUGCGGAGGAGGUGGCCGCCUUCCGCGCGAAGCGCAACGCCGCGCUGGAGGCCCGCGACGCGGCCGGCACGCUGCCCGUGCCAUCGAGGCCUGUGCCCGCUGACGAGGCGGCGGAGCGCGCGCUGGGGCCGCAGCAGAUCGCCGACGAGCCGCUGUACGCUGUGACGCUGGAGGAGUACCUGGGCAAGGACGCCGCCGUGGAGCAGCUGGCGGCGGAGCUGGCGGAGCAGAAGGCGGAGGCGGAGAGGGUUGCGGAGGAGGUGGCCGCCUUCCGCGCGAAGCGCAACGCCGCGCUGGAGGCCCGCGAUGCGGCCGGCACGCUGCCUGUGCCAUCGAGGCCUGUGCCCGCUGACGAGGCGGCGGAGCGCGCACUGGGGCCGCAGCAGAUCGCCGACGAGCCGCUGUACGCUGUGACGCUGGAGGAGUACCUGGGCAAGGACGCCGCCGUGGAGCAGCUGGCGGCGGAGCUGGCGGAGCAGAAGGCGGAGGCGGAGAGGGUUGCGGAGGAGGUGGCCGCCUUCCGCGCGAAGCGCAACGCCGCGCUGGAGGCCCGCGACGCGGCCGGCACGCUGCCUGUGCCAUCGAGGCCUGUGCCCGCUGACGAGGCGGCGGAGCGCGCGCUGGGGCCGCAGCAGAUCGCCGACGAGCCGCUGUACGCUGUGACGCUGGAGGAGUACCUGGGCAAGGACGCCGCCGUGGAGCAGCUGGCGGCGGAGCUGGCGGAGCAGAAGGCGGAGGCGGAGAGGGUUGCGGAGGAGGUGGCCGCCUUCCGCGCGAAGCGCAACGCUGCGCUGGAGGCCCGCGACGCGACCGGCACGCUGCUCGUGCCAUCGAGGCCUGUGCCCGCUGACGAGGCGGCGGAGCGCGCACUGGGGCCGCAGCAGAUCGCCGACGAGCCGCUGUACGCUGUGACGCUGGAGGAGUACCUGGGCAAGGACGCCGCCGUGGAGCAGCUGGCGGCGGAGCUGGCGGAGCAGAAGGCGGAGGCGGAGAGGGUUGCGGAGGAGGUGGCCGCCUUCCGCGCGAAGCGCAACGCCGCGCUGGAGGCCCGCGACGCGGCCGGCACGCUGCCUGUGCCAUCGAGGCCUGUGCCCGCUGACGAGGCGGCGGAGCGCGCGCUGGGGCCGCAGCAGAUCGCCGACGAGCCGCUGUACGCUGUGACGCUGGAAGAGCUGGAGCAGGCUCGCGAGGAUGCCGCGCGCGGUGUAGCGGCGAUUGAGGACAACGCUGCCGCUCUGGAGUCUGAGCUGCUGGAUGUGUUGGCUGAGUUAAAGGCAAUGAAAGGUCAGAACGACGCUCUAAAGGCUUUGUGUGAGAUGAAGGACGCCGCGCUUGCUGACCUAGAGAAGCACGACGUGCGCGCUUGCAACAGCGAUAAGGCGAAGCCGCAGACUACUUCGCGACACACGAAGGUGUUUGAGGGCGAUGAGUGGGGCGCUGUUGUGGAGACCAAGCCGCACGCGCUUCACGACGCAUUUGUGACGGAUGUGUGCGCUGCAUGCCGCGUCGGUCGCGAUGACCUCUCUGAGAUCGCGUUUGCACUGGGGAGUCUGCAGGCGACCGUGAGUGUGAUGCACGACAGUGACAUGAGCUGCGACGACAUUGCGAGGCUUGUGGAGGAGUACCACUAUCCCAACGUGUGGGCCCUGUAUGCGAAGCGGUUGGCGCCAAAGAAUGGGCUUGAUGAGGCCAAGGACACAAUCAGCCAGCUUCAGGACGCACUCGCCGCGAAGGCGGAGGAGGCCGCCCGGGUUGCCAACAAGCUGGAGGAGCAGCAGGCGGAGGCGGAGAGGGUUGCGGAGGAGGUGGCCGCCUUCCGCGCGAAGCGCAACGCCGCGCUGGAGGCCCGCGACGCGGCCGGCACGCUGCCUGUGCCAUCGAGGCCUGUGCCCGCUGACGAGGCGGCGGAGCGCGCGCUGGGGCCGCAGCAGAUCGCCGACGAGCCGCUGUACGCUGUGACGCUGGAGGAGUACCUGGGCAAGGACGCCGCCGUGGAGCAGCUGGCGGCGGAGCUGGCGGAGCAGAAGGCGGAGGCGGAGAGGGUUGCGGAGGAGGUGGCCGCCUUCCGCGCGAAGCGCAACGCUGCGCUGGAGGCCCGCGACGCGACCGGCACGCUGCUCGUGCCAUCGAGGCCUGUGCCCGCUGACGAGGCGGCGGAGCGCGCGCUGGGGCCGCAGCAGAUCGCCGACGAGCCGCUGUACGCUGUGACGCUGGAGGAGUACCUGGGCAAGGACGCCGCCGUGGAGCAGCUGGCGGCGGAGCUGGCGGAGCAGAAGGCGGAGGCGGAGAGGGUUGCGGAGGAGGUGGCCGCCUUCCGCGCGAAGCGCAACGCUGCGCUGGAGGCCCGCGACGCGACCGGCACGCUGCUCGUGCCAUCGAGGCCUGUGCCCGCUGACGAGGCGGCGGAGCGCGCGCUGGGGCCGCAGCAGAUCGCCGACGAGCCGCUGUACGCUGUGACGCUGGAGGAGUACCUGGGCAAGGACGCCGCCGUGGAGCAGCUGGCGGCGGAGCUGGCGGAGCAGAAGGCGGAGGCGGAGAGGGUUGCGGAGGAGGUGGCCGCCUUCCGCGCGAAGCGCAACGCUGCGCUGGAGGCCCGCGACGCGACCGGCACGCUGCUCGUGCCAUCGAGGCCUGUGCCCGCUGACGAGGCGGCGGAGCGCGCGCUGGGGCCGCAGCAGAUCGCCGACGAGCCGCUGUACGCUGUGACGCUGGAGGAGUACCUGGGCAAGGACGCCGCCGUGGAGCAGCUGGCGGCGGAGCUGGCGGAGCAGAAGGCGGAGGCGGAGAGGGUUGCGGAGGAGGUGGCCGCCUUCCGCGCGAAGCGCAACGCCGCGCUGGAGGCCCGCGACGCGGCCGGCACGCUGCCUGUGCCAUCGAGGCCUGUGCCCGCUGACGAGGCGGCGGAGCGCGCGCUGGGGCCGCAGCAGAUCGCCGACGAGCCGCUGUACGCUGUGACGCUGGAAGAGCUGGAGCAGGCUCGCGAGGAUGCCGCGCGCGGUGUAGCGGCGAUUGAGGACAACGCUGCCGCUCUGGAGUCUGAGCUGCUGGAUGUGUUGGCUGAGUUAAAGGCAAUGAAAGGUCAGAACGACGCUCUAAAGGCUUUGUGUGAGAUGAAGGACGCCGCGCUUGCUGACCUAGAGAAGCACGACGUGCGCGCUUGCAACAGCGAUAAGGCGAAGCCGCAGACUACUUCGCAACACACGAAGGUGUUUGAGGGCGAUGAGUGGGGCGCUGUUGUGGAGACCAAGCCGCACGCGCUUCACGACGCAUUUGUGACGGAUGUGUGCGCUGCAUGCCGCGUCGGUCGCGAUGACCUCUCUGAGAUCGCGUUUGCACUGGGGAGUCUGCAGGCGACCGUGAGUGUGAUGCACGACAGUGACAUGAGCUGCGACGACAUUGCGAGGCUUGUGGAGGAGUACCACUAUCCCAACGUGUGGGCCCUGUAUGCGAAGCGGUUGGCGCCAAAGAAUGGGCUUGAUGAGGCCAAGGACACAAUCAGCCAGCUUCAGGACGCACUCGCCGCGAAGGCGGAGGAGGCCGCCCGGGUUGCCAACAAGCUGGAGGAGCAGCAGGCGGAGGCGGAGAGGGUUGCGGAGGAGGUGGCCGCCUUCCGCGCGAAGCGCAACGCCGCGCUGGAGGCCCGCGACGCGGCCGGCACGCUGCCUGUGCCAUCGAGGCCUGUGCCCGCUGACGAGGCGGCGGAGCGCGCGCUGGGGCCGCAGCAGAUCGCCGACGAGCCGCUGUACGCUGUGACGCUGGAGGAGCUUGACGCAGUCAGAUCUGAAGCGGAGAGUCGGGCAUUGGAAGUUGAAGAGCUUGGCCGGCAGGUCUGCGAGAAGGGGUACGAGUGUGGAGAUCUUCUGGAAAAGCUGGAGGAUGCGGUGACUUUGCUGGCGGAGGCCCGAAACGAAAGCGAAGAUGUACGGGGUCAAUUGUCGGAGGCCGCGCGGACGUCGGAGAGGGCUCUUGGGGCAAUGGAGAAGGAUCGUGCGAAGGUGGCGGCGGAGCUUUCGGCUCUGCGUCUGAUGAACGACGAGCUUGUUUCUGAAGUUCGGGCUUUCCGAAGGAGACGCCUUGAUGCGAUUGCCUGCCGGGCAGCGGAGGGUGGUUUUUCUUGCGAGGCGCUAACUGAGAAGGUUGAGGGGGUAGGUGUAGAUGCGCCGGUGUCGGCUGUGAUCAUCGAACGAGAGCCGUUGUUCUGUGUGAGGCUGGAGGAGCUAAAGGAACAGCGGGACUUGAAUGCUCAGAUGGUGCUUGAGCUAAGUGCAUUGGGUGAACGCAUUCGGGAUGCGAUGGAUCCCGAUGCAGUCACGGACCCAUCCAGCGAAGCUGUGCUUUCUCAUCUGGAGGCACUUUUGAAGGCGCUAGAGGUGUCACGUGAAGCCGAACAGGCGUGGCGUGAGCUCGCAGAGGAGAGGGAGCGUGAGCUGGAGCAGCUGCGGAAACUGUUCAAGAAUGAGGAGGAGCGCUUGCAGAACGAUCUUGAGGAGGCUCGGGAGGAGGUGGAACGGCUCCAGUGUGAACUGGAUUUGCUGACGGACAAGUUGGACGAAGCAUGCAGACUUUUUGGCGAUGCGGAUGCUGUGAGCGCCGAAGGCGUGGCGAAGCUAGAAGCCUUUGCCGAAGUUUUGGCGGCGGCGCGCGACACAGAGAAGGCUGCUAUGGAGCAGCUGGAAGCCAAGGAGAGCGAGCUCGAGGAGCUUCGCACUGCGCUGAAGGACGCGAAAGUUUGGGAGGAGAUGCGGGAAAACCUUGAGGAUGAAGUGAAACAGCUGCAAAAGGAGAAGGAGAUCACCGAGACGGAGCUGGGUGCGUUGCAGAAGGAAAUGAACGACCUACGAUAUGAUCUACGCGCCGCUGAGGACAGGGCCGCGGAAAAGGCGAGGGAGGUCGAGAGAAUGACGUUGGACCUCGACUCCCUGAACAAUCGCAUUCAGGACCUGCUUGAGGAGCUGGAGGAAAAGACAGAUCAGUACAAUCAAGUUAUCAAGGAUCUGGACGACUUCGCCAAUAAUCAGAGCCAUGAGACUGAAAAGGAACUGCUUCAGCGUCUUGCAGCUUGUGAGCAGGAGCUGUUCGAGCUGCAGGAGGCACGCCGCGGCGAGAACGACGAACAUGAGAAGCAAGUGGGUGUGCUACAAGAUCAGAUCAAUCGUCUACGAAAUCAGACGGAUCAGGACAACACUCUACACAAUGGGCUCCAGGACGAGCUGGCUCGUCUGCGCAAGUUGCUCCUGGACGCGGAAGCUGCACUGCGGGACAAGAGUGCUGAAAACGAGGCUCUCAAAGACGAUAUGGAGAACAUGAUUGACGAGCACGAGGCGCAGAUGCGCGAGAUGGAGCAAGAGCUGGAGGGCAAGGGCAAAGAGGUUUCCGACGCAUUGGAACGUCUGGAGGAAAUGUCAGCCAUGGUUCAAGAGGCCCGUGAGGGCGAGGAGAGCGCGUUGAGACUGCGCGCUGACUCUGACGCGGAGGUGUUCCGGCUGCAAAAGGAGCUUGACAAGAUCAAGCGGCUGCAAAGUGCCAUGGCGGAGUCAGGUGAUGACAAGAGCAGCCUCUUUGCUCAAAUCAUAGAUACGGAAGGUCAGCUGCGCGACGCAGUGGCCAUCAUCCGCAAGAAAGAUGCUGAGCUGGACGAGGUGGAGAAGGAGUGGCAAAAAAAACUGAACAAGUCCGAGGAUCUCAACCAUGACCUUAGACGGCUGCUGAAACGGACUAUGGCCGCGCUUUCCAAGUCCAAGGAUACCAUGGGUAACUCAGCCGGUGCGUUGGAUGCCUUUCGCGAUGAGCUGAAGCCCAUGAUGCAAUAG